AUUUGUUUGCAAAAUGAUUUAUCACUAAGCCGCCAAAUCAGUGUUGUUGUAAAUAAUUACCUACUGAUUAACACCUGUUUUAAUAUCUGUAAUGAUUUAAAUUGGUCACAGUAACUGCUGAACAGUGAAAGAGUCGACAGAAUGAAAUUCACAAUUGUAUUAGCCCUCUGCGCGUUCGUCGCCGCAGCCUCCGCUGCUGCUGCACCAAAAGUCGUAGACGAAAAUGCUUUAAUACCACAGGUGCCAGCUGUCCCCAAGGACGAGGCCAGCCGUAACAUUCUAGUUAACAUUCUCGUCCGUCAACUGAUCGAGUACGUGAGACAUGUCAUCAGGAACGGUUCCGUCAUCUUUGGCAUCCCACCACUGGACCCCCUUGACUUGGAAGAGUUGAACUUGAGCAUUCCAGCUGGACUUCUCAAUUUGGAUCUGGAGCUCCAAAGAAUCGCUGCUUCAGGCUUCGGUGACUUCGUUGUGCACAGGAGCGACUUGUCUCUGCGUGGUCUGACAUUCGACUUGGAUAUCUCCGUACCUCGCCUAGAGAUCAGCAGUGAGGUAUACGACUUAGUUGGUGAUAUUUUAACUGCUAUCCCAUUAUACGGAACUGGUAAUGCUAGGUUUGUAAUUGAAAACUUCAGACUGCAAGCUAGACUCAUCUUGAGACAAUCUGAAGAUGGAAGAUCUGUCCUUAUUGACAGAAUCGAGAAUGCAGCUUUCCAAUUGCCCAACUUCCAGUCCCAACUGACCGGAGUGAUCGGUGGUGGUGACGACCUCGACGCGAUCGUCAACGCAAUAACUGAAGAAGUGAUCAUCGGGUACGUCAACCGUUUCCAGGGCGCCAUCUCCAAAAUUGCCUCCCUCGCCGUCAUCGCCGUCGGAAACCCCCUCCUCGACCAAUUGGACACCUGGAGAUUCAUUGCACCACUUAUCCCCUCGUAAAAUCUUGUAUUUUCGUCUGAACAUAAGAAAGCAAUGUUAAUUAAACAUCGCUUACAAUAAAAGCUCUACUGCA